GAAUAACUUGGCACUCGCUAGCCGGUCUCCCAACACUACUUUGGUCGGAAAACCUCAACCGCACGAGUUAUGUUUGCCAACACUGGAUCCACUCCCAGGCUCGGCUGCCGGGGUUCUGGAAUAAAUCACCAUUUUGCGGAGCCCCGGGUUGGGGUUCUGGGAUUUUGGGGUCUGGGGGUCCGGGGUUUGAAGGAUGUCAACACUCCUCUCGAGCUCCUCUAUAAGAGCGUCCCCCCCUCCCCCCCCUCCCCCCUCAAAGCAUCCGGUUACAUCGUUUCCACUCGCGUCGAAGUCAUAGCCCAUCACGAAGCGUCACCAUGGCGUCGACACGGGAUACCGAAUCUCGCGCGAGCGAGAAACACGAGGGUGUCGAACAUUCGGAGCAACCGGGUCACAAGGAGGACAUUUUGCUCCACGCUUCCGAUGACGAACGCAACUUCGAGGUCGACGAGCACAGCCUACCGCCGGGCUACUUCAAGAGCCCAUUCUUCCUAGGCACCAUGACGGGCAUCGGCCUAGGCCUCAUGGCGGGUGUGGCCGGCUUUGGCUAUGCCGCGCCGAUCCUGGCCAUCAUCAACAACGACAUCGGCCCCGAUAAAAACGUCGUCUGGGUUGCCCUCACCUACACACUUACCUCUGCCGUCACACUGACCAUCAUCGGCCGUGUCACCGACAUAUUUGGCCGCCGCUGGAUAUUCGUCGGGGGUGCUGGGCUGGGAGUCAUCGGGUCUAUCAUAUGCGCCACGGCGCAGAGCGUCAACGCCCUCAUCGGCGGCACAACCAUCAUCGGCAUCGCGGCGGCCACGCAGCUGUCGUACUACUACGUCAUGGGCGAGCUGGUGCCGAUGAAGUACCGCCUUGCCGGCAACGGUUUCUGCUAUAUCUUCACCAUCCCGGGCUCCGGCCUCGCGCCCGUCAUCGCGCACGCCUUCAUCCUCUACCACCCCAAAGUCGGCUGGAGGGGCUGCUACUACGUGCUCAUAUGUGUCAACACGCUCAGCUUCCUAUGCUGGUUCUUCUUCUACCACCCGCCGACCUUCCGGAUGAAGCACGGUGAGCAUGCGAGCGUGCUCAAGUACAUCAAGAACUUUGACUACUUCGGCACCCUGCUGUACACGGGCGGACUGCUGAUCCUCGUCAUGGGCCUCAACUGGGGCGGCACCGUGUACCCGUGGAAGUCGGGCUACGUGAUCGGCACCAUCGUCGCCGGCUUCGUUGGGCUCGUCGCCUUUGUGCUCUGGGAGUCGUUCGCCCCGCUGAAGGAGCCCCUCGUGCCGAUGCACCUGUUCCGCAACGGCGGCUGGAAUGCGGCGACGAUCCUGUCGGGGCUCGGCGCCAGCGUCUACUACGCGCUCGCCAUCGUGUGGCCCAACAUGAUCGCCGUGCUGUACGACGACGGCGACCAGAUGUCGGCCGCAUGGUACGCCUCGUUCGUGGGGCUGUUCAUCAUCCUCGGCGAGAUCGCCGGCGGUUUCCUGGCCAAGUCCAUCGGCCACCUGCGCAUGCAGUGCAUCGUCACCGUCGUGAUCAGCGGCAUCUUCUUCGGCUGCACCGCGACCUCGACGCCCGACACCAAGGCCCGCGCCUGCGCCUUCGUCGCCCUCGGCACCUUCUUCAUCGGCUGGACCGAGUCGCUCGCCAUCUCCAUCGUCACCAUCUCGGCCUGGGACCAGUCCAAGCUCGGCUCCGUCUCGGGCCUCGCAGGGUCCAUCCGCUUCUUCAUCACCAGCAUCGCGUCCACCGUCUACAACGUGACGCUCAACAACCGCCUCGCCUCCACCGUCGCGGCCCAGGUCCCCCCCGCACUCGUCGCGGCCGGCCUGCCGAGCUCCAGCGUGUCCGCCUUCAUCGCCGCGCUGACCUCGGGCGCCGGGUUCGCCGACGUCCCGGGCGCCACCGCCACCGUUAUCGCCGCCGGCGUGAGGGCGAACAAGAUGGCCAACGCAGACGCUUAUCGGACCAUCUUCUUUGUCAGCAUUGCCUUCUCGUGCAUCGCGCUCAUCGCCUCGUGCAUGCUGCCCAAUGUCGAUGCGCUGCUGACGGGCAAGGUGGCUUCGACGCUGCAUAAGGGAUUGAAGAAGGAGAAGCGGGGGAAGGGGGAGGAGGCUGGAAAUUGAAGGGGAGGGUUUUAUCUAGAAGCUGCUGGGCAGACAGAAUGA